AUGACUGAAGCGAGUGUUUUUAUCAAACACGAUCCUGACGAGUUCAACAGUGAUCCGAAUCAGUCCAUCAUGUCGCACUCCGGUUACACCAUGUCCAACCAGUUCGGGAACACCAACGACGGUGUGGACCCUUCCGAACUAACCAUGCAGAACAGCGGAUUCAUGUCCUAUCCGUUUGGUUCCCAGCAGAAUAUGUCAUCCAGUUUCAACUUUGGCAAUUCCGGAAUUGAUACCGAUGAGCUGUUGGACCUGGAAAUCAGUGGCCAGAACGGAAUCCAGCGUGGAGACAGCAUGAACUUCAUGCAGGAUCAACACAGUGCCGGAAUCUCCAUGAGUCAUCCCGGCCAGAUGUCGCAGAUGUAUUCGAACACCCCGGAUGGUGCUCCCAUGCACAGCCCGUUCAUGCAUAACAGCUUCAACUAUGACCAGUUCCGCGCCAUGCAACACGGACAGCCUGGCUCUCACCUGCAAAGCGGCUCCCAUUUCGAACAAAGCUAUAUGAAUUCGAAAGGCCGACCUGGCUUGCAGGCCACUGAGGGUCGUAGCCCGAUGACCCCCAAGACCCCCGCCAUGGGCGCUUUGACGCUGGGAACACCGGAAUCGGGUAGUUUCCCGACGCAACCGAUCCGUACCGGCCUCCACCAUCGGCACCAGAAGACCCUUUCGAACCAGUGGGAUGGUACGCCCGGAAGUGCCCAGUCUUAUGGCGUGGAAUCUCCUAUCUCGUCCCCUCCCCAUGCGCACCAUGCCGGGAUUUCGGAGAUCCUCAAAUCUGGAAAGCAUGCUUCCUUGCCCGCGAAGGUUGAUACCCACAUGCCAGGUUCUGCCCAGGAUUUGGAGUCUCAAGAAGCCAAGCGACGCCGUCGCCGGGCCUCCCACAACCUCGUGGAGCGCAGGCGACGUGACAAUAUCAACGAACGUAUCCAGGAUCUGUCGCAUCUGGUCCCUCAACACCGCCUCGAGGAUGACAAAGUUCGGAAGCAACUGGUCAACAACACUGCCAUGUCCACCGGAUCGAGCUCCAACCCUGCCACAUCUCUUCUGGCCGGUGGGAAUGGUCGUCGCGCUACUGCUGGUAACAUCACCAUGGGCCUUCCUAUCGAGGAAAAGGAGAAAGGACCGAACAAGGGCGACAUCUUGAACGGUGCGGUGGGAUGGAUGAGGGAUCUGAUGUGGGCGCUGCACGUCAAGAUCCAGCAGGAGUCGGAGCUUGCGGAGUUGAUCUCCAGUCUCGGUGGCACGUGGCCAUUUGAACAGACCGAAGAAGAGAAGCGCAUGCGGACGGAGAUUCUCGAUGCGCUGGAGAAGAAUGAUCCCAACACUUUCGCUUACAGCCGAGCUCCGGGAAGUGGACUGCGCGUUCCCAAGCACACGAACUUGGCCGGUGAACCCGUCUCCAACAACGGCACCUUGAGCCCGCAGAGCCUUAGCCCACCAUUCAACGGGGGCAACACGAACAACGGCAGUACUGGACAGGCGCAGUACUGGAGCAGCUCCGGUCACGCGGGGAUGAGCUUCAAGGAAGAAGAUGAAUAUGCCAUGGAGAUGAACUAG